AUGGGGGCAGAUGCACUAAUUACCACGGACAUAAGUAAUGUUGAUCUAUCUGGCUUAUAUAAUAUGGCAAAUACGCUAGGAAUAUGCAGGAUAAUUAAUAAAUUAAGGACCACCCCUAAUUACAACAGGUUCAUACUUUAUUAUAUUAAUAAUAUAAAUAGUAACAGUAUAACAUACAGGGCGUGUAAUAUAUUGCAGGGGAAGGAGUGCAAAUGCGAAAUAAAAAGUAGAGAGGGAGGGGGAGUUGAACCUGGCUGUGAUAAUUUAAUUGUAGAGUCUAAUCUAUUACACCUUCUUACACUUAAUUUACAUAAUAAGGUAAUAUUGUAUAAACUUAUUGAUAUAAUAAGUAUAUGUAAUAUUAGUAAUAUUAUUAAGUAUAUAUGUGAUGUGGAUGUAUUAAUGGAGUAUGUGCAUGUAUUGUAUGUGUAUGGUUAUUAUUAUGAGUCGUAUCGCAUGAUAUUGAAUAUUUCUGGUAAAUUUGGGGAUUUGGUGAAAAUUAGUCCAGAAAUUAAUAUAAUAAGGUUUGCAUUAUUUUUGAAAUAUUUUCAAAAUAAUUAUAGGAUGUAUGGUAAUAUAAUAAGGUUAUUAUUACCAUAUAUGGAAAUAUUACCGGAUAAGGAAAUAUUGAAAUAUCAAAAAUAUCAAAAAGUAAUAACGGAUUAUGAUAAAUACAUAAAUACAAAAAAUAUUGGGGGAGUUGAACCUGGUCAUAAAACUAAAAAUAGUUCACAAGAAGGGGGAGUUGAACCUGUGCCCAGCAGCAAUAUAUCUUGCAGUAUGGAUAAGAUGGAGGUGAAUAAUUGGCAGUGGUAUACUAGUGUGAUUAAUAGUUCUGUGAGUAUACAGGACGUAGAUGAAUUAAUUGAUAGAAUUUCAUUCUUGAAAAUGCACAGGUUAAGCUAUACGUAUAAAAAUGGGAUACUAUCUGUGGGUGAGGGAAAUACAUCCAGCACAUACAUAGAUUACAUAAGCGAGUUAGACAAAGAUUAUGGCGCAGCUGCUAAAAUAGACCGUGUUAAGGGAUAUGCUGAGAUAGAUACAGUUAAGAAGAGUACUGCAAUGGGAAACCCAGGGGUAUCUCAGGUUAAGCAGAGUAUAGUGAAGGGUGACCUGAAGAAGUUUAAGAGCAAAAUAAUGGUGCUUUUUGAAAGGAGAGAAUAUUUAUUAAGGAAUACGUUAAAGAAUUCAUUAAAGAAUAAUCAAAAUUUUAUUAAUGAAAAUAACCAAUUAGACAGAGUUAGAGUGGCUGAAUUGGCAGUUAUAAAUGACAGGUUUAAAAUUGCAAAGAAAAAGCAAUUAUUAGCCCUGGAAAUUAUUGUAGAAUCAAAUCCUGUUGUAACGGAAUUAAUGGAAAAAUUAAUGAAAUUAUUGCCAGAAUCAAAAUUAUCCGAAUCAAAACAAAUACCUGAAAGAAUAACGGAAAAACAACCAGAGAAAUUCACAGAGAAGUUCCCACAAGAAGAAGAAAAAGUCCACUGGAAAGUAAAGAAGACAGAAUUUAUUGCACAAGCACCAGAAGAUGACCAGUCGGGGGUGUAUAGACCACCAACCCGUGAAUCAAAUUUCCUUCAGUUCAAUAAUUUCAAGAAAAAUGAAAGUGAAGGGGUUCCUGUUUGGAAUAAAAGAGAAAAAGAAGAGCCAGAAGAGGCCCCUAAAGCAAACAAAUUCGUAUGGAAGAAAUAA